AUGGGGAAGAAUUGGUCUCAGAUUAGAGGGACGAAGCUCUUCCUCAUGCCAGGAUCGUUAUGCGUAUCUCAAGAGUCAGAGAAGAAGAUGGUUGCAUACGGUUUGCAACCUAGGCCGCUGAAAGUGUAUCCGCCGAAACUAUCUCCAGCUCAGACUAGCACCUUAGCUUUUGACGAAGGCAUGAGGAAGAAGCUUGAUGAUAAUCUAAAGCAAGAGAUGUGGCUUCUACCGGUGGAGGUGCAGAAUUGGAUGACUAUGCAAAGUUGGUUGACUGCACAAAGUUCGCUGACUGCAGCUUCAAGUCUCUUCAGGCCUUCACGAUGA